AUGCGGCCGCGGAGCAGGCUCGACCUGGGUUCCGUGUGGGCCCAGCGCCUCCGGCAGCUGGAGCAGCGUUUGCGAACUAAAGAAGAAAGAAUAGUUGUCCUGGAAACUGAAAAUGCUGCUCUUCAUCUAAAACUUGCGGAGUAUCAAGGAUUGGCUGGAAGAAGCACUAAUGAAGUAUUGCAGCUCUACUCCGCUCAUGGCCAGCAGCAGAAAUUGCAGAGGAGUUCUGUUGUAACCCAGCUGCAUGGAGCAAUAAAGAGGCUUAAACAAGACCUGAAGAGUCUCCAUUCAUUUGCUCUUGAGCUUUCAAAAGACUUUCAGCGUCAAAGCAAGACUUAUCUUCACCGAGUUUUGACAGCAGUCCAAGGGGUACAGCUGCAAAAUGAAGCAAUGCAAAUGUUUCAGAUAAAAGCUUUUGAUCUUGAGCAGACUCUACAAGAGGUCACAGAGAGAUACGAGAAAGAAAAGCAGAAGAGGAGAGCUCUGCAUAACAGUUUAGUUGAACUGAGAGGAAAUAUCAGAGUCCACUGCAGGAUCCGACCAUUACUGCCUUUAGAUACUGCUGCUGGGCAUUCAGUAUCUCAAGACAGGCAAAGAAACUUACCAGAAAAAGUGACAUAUGCAGCUGAUGAUGAAACUGUCCUUGUAAAGUGUAGCCGUCCUGGCCAUGCAUCAAUAAACAAGACUUUUCAGUUUGAGAGAGUUUACAAUGCUUCAGAGUCUCAAGAGGUGGUAUUUGCAGAUGUGGCCCCUUUGCUAACAUCUCUGCUGGAUGGGUACAACGUGUGUAUCAUGGCUUAUGGGCAAACUGGAAGUGGGAAGACUUACACAAUGCUGGGACCACAAUUAGAGGAAAACACUGCAUACUGCACGGAGAAUGAAUCAGAACUUGGAAUUAUUCCUCGAGCUACGCAAGAAGUGUUCAGGCUGAUAUCAGAAAAGCCACCAGGAAGUUACUGGGUUGAAGUUUCUGUAGUAGAAGUGUAUAAUAAUGAAAUUUUUGAUCUUCUGGCCAAAGACAGUUGUGGAAAAGUAUUUGGUGUCAAACGUGAUGUUGUCACAACCAAAGAAGGAAAGAGAGAUGUUCCAUUGCUUGUGUAUGAGACUGUUGAAAACACAUCUGAAUUUUUGCAUCUAGUCAACAAAGGUCUACAGCUGAGAGUCAGGCACCCAACUCUCGUGCAUGCUCAUUCCUCUCGCUCUCAUCUGGUAGUUACAUUAACCAUAACCACAGUUGUCUCUGGAGAUAACUUCAGUAUGUCAUGGGAAGAUGAACAAACCAGCCAGAGACUAAAUAAAGAGGUUUCCUGGACCUUUCCACAAAAAAUGAGAGACAAUACAUCCACCUCUUCUUCAAGAGCCUCUUCACCAACACACCUUGAAGCAACUGAGAAAAUCAAGCAAGUCAAAACUAGCCUGCAGCUGGUGGACCUGGCUGGUAGUGAGUGUGUUGGUAUGUCUGGAGUGACAGGCGCAGCACUGCGGGAGACGUCGUUUAUUAACCGCAGCUUGUCUGCCCUGGCAGAUGUGCUUGGAGCGAUAGCAGAGCAGCGCACUCACGUCCCCUACCGAAACAGCAAACUGACUCAUCUGCUCCAGGACUCCAUAGGAGGUGAUGCUAAACUGUUGGUGAUGCUGUGUAUCUCUCCUGGCCAGAAGUACUUAACAGAAUCAAUGCAGUCUCUGGGAUUUGGAACCCGUGCUCGGCAAGUUCAGAGAGGACAAGUCAAGAAAAAAAACUUCCCGCUGCCGAGUAAAGCAAAAUAAAACCUAAGACUCCUGCAGAUUAAAGUAUUAUUAAUGAGUUCCUCAGACUGAAAUGUAUAUUGUUGUCCUAAAGCCAUUCUUUUAGAUAUCCACUGCCAGAUAAAAUAAACAAUCCUCAACAUGGCAGUAGUAAGCCACAAACCUGCUGGCAAUGUUCUUGCUCCAAAGAUAACAGCAAGUAUUGACAACAGCUACCAGCCUUGGUGGAGUGGAUUUUUAAGGAAAGCUAGUUGAAGACAUAGUUUUGGCUAUGUUUUUCCUUUGGGUAGGUCAAACUAUGUCAACAGAAUCUUGAUGUAGAGUGAGUUGCUUCUGAAAGGCCAAGGGUGCAUUCUGUUUUCUCAGUAGAAAAUAGGAGGUCUAAAUAGUAUUUUAGUUGCUGCUUUGAAGCACUAGAAUGAUUUCU